UCGGGCACCAGUAAGUAAGUAAUCCCGAAAGUGAAAAGGAGAUGGAUAAAACCUUUUCUGUUCACCACUCUUUAUCUAGUAACGAUUUCACCUCCGACGGGUAUUAAUUAGUAAAUACUAGACUAACCCGCAUGGCCAGUCUCGAAACUUCAGGUGAAUCUUCGUGCGCCGCUGCCCCCGACCACGUUCUCAGGUAAACUCGUCGACUCGUUCUCAGUUUUCAGUUCUGUAGUCUCGAAACUUCAGGUGAAUCUUCGUGCGCCGCUGCCCCCGACCACGUUCUCAGAGUCUCUCUAUCAGUGUAAGAAACAAACACAAUGCUGAAGUUCCUGUCAAGGGUGAGGAUUGAAUUCAAUGCCUUGGACCCACGUACGGCCUCGUGUCUGGAGUUCUUGGCACAGUGCAAUGCCCGCAAGGCCAAGGAGUCCAACCCCUCCUGCGCUGUCCAAGUCAAGCGCCGAACCGAUGAUGAGCCGCCCAAGAUCACCGUCACCUUCGUCAAUGGAGUUGAGGAGGUGUUCGACGCCACCGCCACUCCCGCCCAGGACAUCAGGAACAUGAUUCUUGAAAAGGGUCAGAGCCUCGAGACUGAGCAGAUGUUCCGAGACGCUGGUGAGCCUUGGCCUGUUGUUAUCCCCGCCGAGGAGCUCCACCAACCGGCCCCUGGUACCAAGCCGAGGAAAGCAGAAGAGAAAAAGCAGUAACCUGUUCUCAUUUGAUCAAACAGAUUACUGGGGAGCGCUUGUAUAGUCAAGUCUGCUAGAUUUCAGUUCGGCGUUUCAUUGGGAAAAGAGAAUGCUGUAUUGGAGUUGCAAAAUUUAGACAAUUCCGUCUUGUUGCAGGUUUGCUUCAUUGUAGAAGCAUUUGAUAUAUUUAGUUGAUGUUGAAUCCUCGGAGUAGGAAUUGUGGAUGCUAGGAGCCAUGUUUUCUUCUUCGUUUUUUUGACACUUUUGUUGGAGCUUACAGCCAUUAUAACAUUGUUCUCGCCUGCAUGUGAGAGAGCAAGUAAAAUUGGGGCAAGUAAUUUGAAUAGAUGGACGGCUAAGUGUCUCUAUAUUAUUUUUGUAAUCAUACUCGAUAAUUGAUAAAGCUAGUCUCAAGUCCUCAUUUUUCUCC